UAAUGCCACCAGCAUUACGUCCAGCAUUGCGAGUUCCAUUGCGCCAGCUUUGGAGUCGCCAGCAUGUUAGGACACCUUUCCGAAGCUGUUCGUGCUCGGCGCCGCACCAACUCCAAGCCUCGGUGAAGCUAUCCUCGUCUGAAGCACAUCUUGAUACAACGGGUACAGGUGCUGCACUACCUACGCCCCCUCUCGACCACCGCACGCUCGCAGCGACGCACAAUCUUUUCAUAACGUCACCCUACAGUCCUGGCUCGCCACUCAUCCUUCCCAACGGCGCGUAUGUCUUCCAGAAGCUGCAGGCCUUCCUGCGUGCGCAAUACCCACAGUUCGGCUUCCAAGAGGUCAUCACACCCAUAAUAUACAAGAAGUCGCUAUGGGAGAAGUCAGGUCAUUGGCAGAACUAUGCCGAAGACAUGUUCAGCGUAGAAGGGAGGGACAAGAAGGGCGAGGAGGAAGAAGAGUUCGGCCUGAAGCCCAUGAACUGCCCCGGCCAUUGUCUGCUGUUCAGCACCGAUAUCAAGAGCUACCGUGACCUCCCUGUUCGACUCGCCGACUUCAGCGCGCUUCACAGAAACGAGAUAUCAGGGUCGUUGACUGGCUUGACCAGGGUACGGAGGUUCCACCAGGAUGAUGCUCACAUCUUCUGUCGCCCCGAUCAGAUCCUGGCCGAAAUUGAGCAGACGCUGAAGUUCGUCGGUAUGGUGUAUGAGACAUUCGGUCUGGGUCCGUACAAGCUGCUUCUGUCCACACGGCCGAAGGACAGCUUCAUUGGCAACAUCGAAGAGUGGGACAGGGCUGAAGCACAGUUGACCACCGCGCUGAACAACAUUGGUGGCGAGUGGGCGAUCAAUGAAGGCGAUGGCGCAUUCUACGGACCCAAGAUCGAUAUCAUCCUGAAGGACUCGAACGGCAAGGAGCACCAGACUGCGACCAUCCAGCUCGACUUCCAGCUGCCACAGCGUUUCGACCUACAGUACCAGGCCUCACCAGAAGAAUUGGAGGCAGGCUCGACAUCGUCGAUGGAUGCUGGCCUUGACCCAGCCUACCGUCGUCCAGUCAUCGUCCACCGCGCCAUCUACGGGUCUAUCGAGCGCUUCAUGGCCUUGCUCAUCGAGCACUAUGCGGGCAAAUAUCCCUUCUGGUUGUCCCCGCGGCCGGCCAUUGUUCUGUCGCUCAACUCCGACCCUGCCGUCCUGGACCAUGUCUCUCGCAUACAGUCCGUGCUCUCCGGAGUGCAGUCGCACGAGGCGCCGACGCCCAACCCUUCAUCAGCGCCCAAGCCACUGCCGCUGUCGAAUAUCCACUUGCCGAUCGAUAUCGACACCACUAACCGGCCACUCGGCAAGAAGAUCGCCGAUGCCAGAUCCAAGAGGUACAACCACAUCAUCGUAGUAGGUAAAAGAGACGUCGAUGGUGGUGGCAUGAAUAUGCAGAUAGUAAAUCAGCCUGCUGAAGAAGCAGCUGUGAGGGUGUUGGAGGAGGCUCUUGGCCGACAGCUCUCAGAAGCAGACAAAUCGAAGAAGCAGGCUAGCAUGGACCUGAGUGGCGCGAGAAAGUACUUCGAGAGUCUGGUCACUUCUUACUUGUAAGAUCAAUAGGCAUGUACAAGCUGUAUACUAUGUAUGAUUUGGGUCUUUAGGGAGCACAGUAUAUCGUAGUGGCGAGAGCGAGACCGAGGCUUCGGAUGGCUCCUACCGAGUCUUAGCAUUGCUUUGUCUUCAUGACCCUUGCCAUCUGCUCACUCGUCGGUGUAUGUUUUCAUUCUUCCGAAGCUCUGAAGUCCUACACCUUAAGUAGUAUUUACAUGUGUCUCGUGGGAGAUCCUCAGGGACAUGGCAAGCUCCCGCUUUCGGAGAGUCCCGCUUCUGUUGGCCGGUCAGCCGUCCUAGCGUUGACGAUCUGAAGUCGCGACCUGUCACAGACCCGCAAACCCCUGCCAAGGCCCAGCCCCGGCAACAUUUUUCACUUGCCGUUCUGAUCCGAGUCGAACGACGCGUGCGCGCAUUUGAUCUAAUCUGAUAAACGAGAU